GGCAGAGCUGUGGGGACGCAGCCCCACGCCGCCUUUGGGGUCAUGGUGAAGGAGGAGUGCAAAGCGCUGCUGGAUGCGCUCAACAAGGUGACCGCCUGCUACCGGCACAUGGUGCUGACCAUCGGCGGCACCUCGGACUCCCAGAACCUGCGAGAGGAGCUCAAGAAAACCCGACAGAAGGCCCAGGAGCUGGCGGUGGCCAACAGGAACAAGCUCACCGCGGUCCUGAAGGACAAAACCGUGAGUAAGGAAGAUAAAGCCGAAUUCGAGAGGCUAUGGGUGAUUUUCUCCACGUGCCUAGAAAUCCUGGAGAUCGAUAUGAGGAGAGCUCUAGAGCUAGGUCACGAGUUCCCGCUAAACGUCCCCAAAAAGCACCUGAUUCAGACAGGCAUGAGCGGGGGAACCUCUGGCGUGGCGGCCAGGGCGAUGAGCGUCCAGAACAUGAAAUACGAAGCUGAGCACAAUAUAGACGUGGUGGAUUUGAAAGACCUCGAGAAUGAAAUCAACCAGGUAGGAGAGAUGAUGUACGAGAUGGAAAUGAAGGUCAAUGUCCCCCAGUGGACUGUAGAGGCUAAGCAAGACCCAGGAGCUGAACUAAAAUCCACCAUCAGUGUGGGCGCUUCUUCUAUUGGCAUGAUCUCUGUGGAGGAAAACAAAUCUUUCUGCGAUAUCAGCAAGGUUCUAGCUGGGAUUAUUUUCUCCGCUGUGCUCAUUAUCGCUAUUGUCCUGGCAGUCUGCGUGGUAAAACUCUCAUAGGUCGGUGCAGGCUCUGACAAGAGCGAAGCCUCUCCUGUCUCUUUGGAGUAUUUCACGUCUCACCUUUAAUUUCAAAAUGGGUUACUUGGAUGAGCCGAGAAUUUAAACCUAACACUUGAAACAAACAAACAAAAACUUUGCCUCUCAGUAUCCUAAAUUGCAUGGUUUUUCUUUUGAAGAAGAGAUGUGAAUCAGCCUGCAGAACAGGAUGUCUUCAUCUGCUGGACUCGUACGGGUUAACAGUGAACUACCAGGGUAUUAUCACUACUGGCUAUCACAGGGAUUUGACUGCUAUUAAUGGGUCACUAUUCUCAGAAGCCUGUGGGGUUUAUUCUCGAUUAGGCUCUGAUUGCUGCUGCUUACUGUUUACAGUAUUUGAGGUAACAGAUUUGGAGGCUAACACGGGUGUUCUGUCCAGAGAAGUGAGUGGAAGCA